AUUACUAAACCACACAUUUCCGUCUGAAGCAGACAGGAAACGGAGUAUGGCAUCCCCAGUCUCGGGAGAUGAAGCCAAAAAAGAAGAGGUAAUUGCCAAUACCUGUAACAAUGCAGAACGUGUCAACAAUGUGCUAAUAAAAGAAGAAUUGGAUCAGACUCAAGAUAUUCAGAAAUCUUUAAAUGUAAAUAGUGACAAAGACACUGAAAAGGACCCCAAUUCUGUGCAGCAAACUAACUGUUGUCAAACAAACAAACAUACUUUAAGUCUAGAAAGCUCCAAUGAAGAUAAGAACUGUGUGUUACAGCCAACCAGUAGGGCAACAGACAAACAAUCAAACAUCUCUGUAACUCAUGAUUACACUAAUGUUAACGUUACUGAGCAUGGAGAUGAACAGUUAUUGUCAGUGAGUAGUAGGUCAAGCCAUGAACAUUUACUGUCAGUGUGUAAUAGGUCAAGCGAUGACAAGUUACUGUCAGUGAGUAAUAGGUCAAGCCAUGACAAGUUACUGUCAGUGAGUAAUAGGUCAACCAAUGACAAGUUACUGUCUGGUCCAUGUUUAGAACAUUUAAAACAUCAGAUUGUUAGUAAUAUAGAACAGUGCAGUAUUAGUGCUCAGAAGAAAGAUGAAAGUUCUAAAAGGGAUUCAGAAAAAUGUUUAGAUGAUGACAUUUCUAAAUCUAGUGUUAAUCUUGUAGACAAAGAAUGCUCUAAUGAAAGUCCGGUAUUAGUUAAAGAAUCCUCAUUUGAAAAUAAAACAUCAGAUAAACAAAUUUCAGAGGAAAGUGAAAUAAUAGUGAAAGACUCGUCACUUGAUAACAAAACAUUGGAAAAGGAAACUUCACAUAAAAAUAAAAUAAAAGUUGAAGACUUGUCACUUAGAAAUAAAGCAUUGGAAAUUCUUACUUUAAAUGAAAAUGAAAUAAUAGUAAAAGACUCUUCAUUUGAAAAUAAAAGAACGGAAAAAGUAAAUUUAAAUAAAAUAGAAAUAAUAGUGAAAGACUCAUCACUUGAAAAUAAAACAUCAGAAAAGGAAACUUCAAAUGAAAAUGAAACAAUUGAGAAUCAGUCUGGUUUAGGUGAUCAAUCAGAGGAGGACAGUGUAGGAUUUGAUUAUUCUGGGAAGGAGGAAGAAUCUGAAUUCACAAAAGACGAUAACGUUCCAAAAUCUGUUGCUACGAAACUCGAAUGUGACAACAAAAGUCUGUCUAAAAUAGCUGAUUCUGAAAUUGAGCAGGAAAACAAUGGAACUGGACAACUUUACAUUAAAUCUCAUGUACAACCUCUAGAACCUGCUUCCUCAUCCUGUUUAAAAGAUGGCGGGUCAGAUAAAAAACAGAAUCAGCAAAUUACAGAUUCAAAAUCGGUAACAUGUGAUAAAACUGUUCAAAUCGGUCAAGGUUUUUCUAGUAAACACAAUUCUAAAAAUAUUCAAGCUCGUCGUUUGAAACUUGAUGCUUUAGUUGCUAACAUCAAAUCACUUAAAACUGCAGAACUUCAGGACAAUUUGCAUGAUGAAGUUGAUGCAAGUUUGGAUACGCCUUUAACGAAAGUUUUAGAGAGUUCAUCAGAGUCAGAUCAGGACACUUCUCACUACAUAAGUAAUUCCACAAUUCAAGUAAAAGAAGAGAAAAAGGACCAGAGUGAAUGUGUUAAAUCAGAAAAUAGUACUCUGUCAGAAACAUCUGAAUCAGAAGAAAAAAAUAUUGUUGAUAAAAAUUUUGAAAAAGUAGAAGGACAAAGUUCAGUUUUGAAAACUAAAAUUAAAGUUGAAGAUUCUUACUGUUGUGCUAAUGUCAGAGUAGCAACUGAUUUAAAUUUUACUAAAGCAGCAGAAAAUUUAAGUGAUGAAGUUCAAGAUUUGAAGUUAAAACUUGAAGUAGAAAACUAUGAAGAAAAACAUACAAAAACUUCAAAUUUUGAUAGUGAUGAAUUAAAUAAAUCAAAAGUAUCAGAAAAGAAAAAUGAUGAAGCUCAAGAUUUAAUUAAGAAUAGAACUAGUGAUAGUGGAAAAGGGUUAGUCUCAAAUGAAAAUUCAGUUAAUGAAGUUGAAGAUUUUAAAUCAAAAGCAUUGACUAAAAGUGGUGACACAAAAAAUAAAGUUGAAGAUUUGAACCCUAACAACACUUCAUACUGUGACAAUGCUUCAUUGCCAACUGAUAAUACAAAGUCUGAAAUAGGCUGUGAAGAUGUGGAUGAAGAUAUUGAAAUUGAUGUAGAAAAUUUGGACGAUAUCAGUGAUAAUUUAUUGCUAUUUCAGAAUGCAGACAAUAAUAAAUUGCCAUCUGAUAAUAUCGAUAUAAAAAGUGAUUCUGAAGCAGAGAUAAUUAAGGACACUCAUCAUGCUCAUAAUGAAUCCGGUGAAAAAUCUAAACCUCAGUUUUUAAAACCUCCAAUUUUUCAUUUUGAUAGUCAAGGAGAUAAGAAAAUUAGUGAUGUUAUUGGGAACAAACAAGCAGUUGUUUUCUUAGGAGAACGUGUCACAAAAGACAGGAGUGUAGAAGAGGCAAAUAAACUUACAAAACUGGCUGACCUUUCUCAAGAUUCAAAUCAAGAUGAGACUAGUAAACUAACCAAACUGGCAAAUGUUAAGCCUAAGAAACCAGUCAAAAAAAUUGAAAUGAUUCGUCAACCCGUUCGUAGAAUAAAACGUGUGGCCAGCUUGAACGCGUUAGCUAUGGUUAACAUUUUAUUUGGGAAAGAGGAAUCUCCCAGAAGUCAGAAAUCUUCUGAAAGCAAAGUUGCCAACAAGAAAGUGAUAUCAAAUAAAAGUUUGUCAAAAGCAAAAAUGCUUCUAGAGGCAAAAGUUAAAAGUAUCCUGAAGAAAGCAAAAUCCGAUGAUCAAUUCAGUGAAAAUGUCAGAGUAAAGAAGGAAAAAACUUCUCCAGGAAAGAUAACUCAAAUUCAAAAGUCAUUAGCGAAACUAACACUGGAUUCACCCCCGUCAAAGCUGGUUACAAAAGUCGUUUCUCCAAAGAUGUUAGCAAAAACAUCACCAUCAAAGCUAACCUCACCUUGUAAAUCCCCUUCUAAAGUUUCAUCCCCAUCGAAAUCUCCAACCAAAAUUUCUCCUCCAAAGUCACCAUCUAAAGUUUCAAAAUCACCAGCUAAGACAAAACCCAAGACAAGUGCUGAGAAAACUAAAACUAAAAAUUUAAAGGAAGCAAAAAUAGGAAAAAAGAAAAUUGGUGAUAAAAAAGAAGCAAAAAGAAAGAUUUCUGACAGUGAAAAAGCUGUGAACAAAAACAAAUUAUUGUCCGUUGAAGAUAAAAUUAAAAAGCCCAGAAAAAAGAAGGGAGAGCUAAUGAGAGCAGCAAGAACCCAUUCUUUUCCCGAGGCUAAAACGAAAUCAAACAUUGCAAACAGUAUUGAUACAAGCAAGGACCAAAAUGGUGCUAAAUGUGUCAACUGUCAAAAUGCAUUGACUGGACAGUCAAAAAUUGACUCAAGUAACAGUCACAAACAGGACGAUAAAAGUGCUGGUACUUACAUAGACAGCAAUGUACAAUAUAAUAUGGGACACAUUGAAAGUGGAAAUUACAGUACGCAUAGCUAUGGCGUUAUUCAGAAUCUGACAGGAACAUGUGUUCAUUGCUCUCAGAACAUGUAUAGUUCUCAAGGACCAAGUGGUUUUAUUGGUGGGAUAAUGGGUCAGCCAGGAGGUUUAGUAAGUCCAUGUCCAACCUUUACAAUUGGAAGUGUUCCCAUGGUGCAGUAUCAUCAUCCUUUUAGUGCUGGUUAUCCAAUACAGUAUCAGAGUCACAACACACUUCCUCAUUGUGGUUGUCCAUCAUGUUACUAUUACACUCCUACAGCCUCUCCGUUACAUCAUGACACUUGCCAUCACAAUGUUCCUCCUCCAUCGUACACUGCACUUCGUGAUGUCAAAGAUCCAGGACAUACGGGAGGUCGUGAUAGUGGGGAUCCCAAACGUUCAUCACUACAAAACAUUGGAGAUUCCACACAUGCAUUGCUUAAAGAACCUGGGGAUUCAUCACGUGCAGCAAAGCUUGACGAUAUGGAUCCCGAAAUAGAUGUUGUUGGAAAUGCAACAUCAUUUCAUCCCGUGUCUAAUAGUUUUAAUACUUCUAAGGGAUGUAAUGAGGAUUUAGAUGUUGAAAUUGAUGUUGUGGGUGGUGUGCCACCUUUGACCUUUUGUGAGAAGGAUAUUAUAAUAGAUACAGUGAAAAAGAAGAAAAAGAAAGAAAAUGAGAUAAAAACACCAAAAAGUGAAAAAUCAGGGAAAAAGAAAGAUAAACCAUCAACUUCUGAUAAAGAAAAUAAAGCAAAAAGUACAAAGAAAAGGAAAGAUAGUGAGGAAAAUGAAAGUGAUAAAAAUGUUAAGAGGAAAUUAGAAUUAAAAGAAGGUGAAGAAAAAUCCAAAUGUUCUGAGGAAUCUCCGAAAACAACAAAAUCUACAAAGAAGAAAAGUGUUAGUGAAUCGUCAGGGGAGAUAAUCACUAAACCCUCCAAAAAGAAAUCAGUAAGUGAUUCUACCGAUGAUACUAAAAAAGUGAAAAAGAAAAGUUCUAGUGAAUCAACAACAGAAUGUAAAAUAAAAAAGAAAAGUACUGAUGAAGAAAAAACAGCGAAAAAUAAAAGCUUAAGUGAGUUAUCCAAGGAAAUAAAACUGGGGAAAAUGAAAAGCUUAGCCGAGGCGUCCAAUGUAGUAAAAACAGGAAAAAAGAAAAGGUUUAGCGAGUCAUCUGAUGCAAAAGUAAUUGUGAAAAAGAAAAGCUUGAGUGAGUUGUCAGAUUCAGUAAAAACAGGGAAAAAGAAAAACUUGAGUGAGUCAUCAGAUUCAGUAAAAACAGGGAAAAGGAAAAGCUUUAGUGAGUCAGGUGAUGAAGUGAACAUGGUGAAAAAGAAAAGUUUGGAAGAGUCACCUAAUGAAGUUAAAACUGUAAAAAAGAAAAGUUCAAAAGUGUCACAAGAAGAGGUAAAAACAGUGAAAAAGAAAAGCUCAUGUGAAUCACCAGAUGAAAAUAGACCUGCAAAGAAGAAAAAAUUAAGUCUAUCUUCAGAAGAAAUAAACAGUUCAACAAAGAAAAGUCCAAAAACACCAACAGUUGACACUGCAAGUGUUAAAGGUGGAAAGAAAAAAACAGUUAGCAAAUCAGAAAAUCAAUCAGCUGACAGUAUACAAAGAAAGCCAAAUAAAUCUUUGGAUAAAGUAGAAAACAAAAAACCUACAAAACGGAAAAGUACUGAUGAUGUUUUUACAAAUGAUUCCAAAUCUGAAGCAAAACAAAGAAAAAUUUCGAAGACUGAAAAUACAAAAUCGUCCAAAGAUAAAGUACAGCUAUAUAAUAGAAGUAAAAGUGUGGAUGCUAAAGUCUUAAAAGAUAAAAAUGAGAUAUCUAAAACUUAUCCAAAAAGGCGACGUGUAGCAUCCAUUGAUCGGCAGCUCAGUACCAUGAGUACUGAAUCUGUAGUCAUCCCGAGGAAAAAAUCGUCUUCAUCAACCAAAAUAACAUCUGCUGUAACAAAUGAGAAGAAAAAGACAGAAAUUAAGAAAGUGAAGAAAAGAAAUCAUAACUGGGAAUUUAAAUUUCCGCCUGAAAAACGAAAAAUUAUGGUCUCAGGAUCAAUGGUAGAGAGACAGUGUUAUCCAGCUAUCAUUCAUACCGAUGGUGAUAUCAUUUAUAUCCGUGAUGUCGUCAUCCUACGCUCAGGUCCACGUAAAACAGACAUUCCAUACCUAGGAAAGGUGACAGCUUUCUGGGAAGAAAAUGAUGAGAUGAUGAUGGGUUUACUAUGGUACUAUCACCCAGAACAUACAGACUCUGGUCGCCUUCCUCACCAUCUACAGAAUGAAAUCUUUGCUUCUAAACAUCGUGAUGAGAACAGUGUGGCUUGUAUUGACGAUAGAGGAUACGUACUGACAUAUAAUGAAUACUGCAGGUACAGAGCUGAGAAAUGCAGAGUAGAGUGUAAUCUUUCUCCUAGGCCAAUGGUAGUUCCUGUCCUAGAAGAUAAUCCCAGAUCUCAGAGAAUCCCUGUUCCAGAUGUGGAUAGUAAUACAGUUUAUAUGUGUAGACAGGUUUAUGACUUUAAAUUGAAAAGAAUUCUGAAAAAUCCUUCAUAGCGUUAGGGAUUAUUUUGAACAUGAAAAUACUUUGUACAUAUAUAUAUUUGUACUUCAGGUUUUAUUUUUAACCAUGUAAAAGAAGCUGCUCUUGCGUUAAACAAGUUUUUUUACUUCAAUUUUAUUUCUUCAAAUAAAUAUACCAUUAUUUUCUCUAUGAUGCAUACUAUGAGUCAAUGAAAUAGAAUUUCCAUAAGUAGGCAAAAAUCUUGAAAAAAAGUACCCAAAUGCUCUUCUAUCUUUUAAUGAAAACACAAAUUUAGUUUAUUUUAAUUUUCUGUAAUAUGAGAUUUUUAGGAAAAAAUUCUUUGUUUUACAUACAAGGUUGGGUGGGCAUUUGACACUCGUUUGCUAGCAGGCUUUUAAAAAAAAUUAUAAGAUUGAUUGCUUUACAACUUGCAACUUUUUACAUUUGAUAUUUUUGGGUUUUUUUGUAGAGUUUAUCUGAUAGUAUAAGUCAUAAAUUUUACUAAUUGUCUAUUUUGUUACAAGUUCAGUUGUAGAUUUACACAAUUUUUAUCUUUUCUAGGUAAGAAUUAAUUAUGAGGGCUAUAUAAUGCGAUAAUGGUGCAUUUUAUAAAUUGCAAAGUAAUGCUUUGUUGGAACCUUUUUUAGUAGUUUCUGUUAUGAGAAGCACUGUUAUGUUACACUAAAUUUUCUUGUAUCUAACAUUUGAUAAGGUGCCAUGUUCUCAAUUCAUAAACGUUUUAUAUCAUACUCAUUUGUUUUUCAUUUUGUAUGAAAAUUUUUAUUGUGUUCAAGGAAAUUUCAUUUUGUACAUGAAAUUUUUGGACUUGAGCGUUUGUUGUCAUAUGAUAUUUGUGCAAAUCUUUUUGUUUUUCUAGUCCCAUAAAAGCACAAUUGUUAGUUUUGUUGUAAAUUUUUAUUUGAUGUUUAUGUUACAAAUGCAUUUAUAUAUUGUUGUUAUUUUGAUUUAUGAAAUUCUUAAAGUGUAUGUCAUGUUGUUACCAGGGAAACUGUUUUAUUGUGAAUGAUUUUAAAUGUGAUGUCUUUUUUGUAGAAAAUCUCUAAACUUUAUGUUAAGUUUGUAUAUAUUGUAUUGUUGUACAAAUUAUAAAAAUUGUUGUUGGGGAAAAAUGUUACAAAUUGAUGUACUAUGUGUUGACAAAAGUCUAAGAUCUGUUUUCAAUUGGGAUUGUAAAAAGUUACCUCCCUUUUGGGUUUUAUAAGAGUUGUCUUUCUUGUUUGCAUGUAUGUAUCUUCUGUUAAAGUUUGGUGAGAGUUUUUUAAAUGUUAUGAGGUAAUGAUACAAUGAAAGAAUUAGGGGUAUCUUUGAUUUUGAGUUUUAACUUGCCUAUGUCAUUUGGUUAUACCCUUCUUUUCCUAUUCUAUUAUCAAACUUAUAAAUAAGAUAAAAUUUGUAUGAACUGCUCUAAGUUUCAACAGAUAAGGGGAGAUAAUUUUAUUCUACAUCAAACAUGUCAUAUGGUUGGAGUUGCUUCCUUUUAAGUAAAUCUUGAAGGUAAUUGGAAAAAAUAUAUUAAGAACCUGAAAAGAAGGUAAUUGGUUUGAACAUUGUGUUAAAGUCGAAAACAUGAUAUUUAGAAAAGUGCUGUACUAGAAUCUCUGUUUUAAAUGUAUGUUGUGUGAUUAUUUGGUAUAUAAACAUUUAUACCAAUGGGGAAGAAUGUGUGUCAUAAUGCAGGAUGUCAUAGGUUAAGAGGUCAAUGUAAGGUUUGCAUGAUUUGUUGGUAUAACAUUUAUACCACUGAGCCAGAAUGUGUGUCAUAAUGGAGGAUGUCAGAGGUUAAAAGGUCAAUGUCAGGGUAAUGUGGUUUGUUGGUAUAACAUUUAUACCACUGGGGAAGAAUGCGUGUCACAAUGGAGAAUGUCAGAGGUUAAAAGGUCAAUGUCAGGUUUGCAUGAUUUGUUGGUAUAACAUAUAUACCACUGGAAAGAAUGUGUGUCAUAAUGGAGGAUGUCAGAGGUUAAAAGGUCAAUGCCAGGGUUGUGUGAUUUGUUGGUAUAACAUUUAUACCACUCGGGAAGAAUGUGCGUCAUAAUGGAGAAUGUCAGAGGUUAAAAGGUCAAUGUCAGGUUUGUGUUAUUUGUUGGUAUAACAUUUAUACCAGUGGGAAAGAAUGCAAGAUGUCAGAGGUUAAAAGUUCAAUAUAAGGUUUGUGUGAUUUGUUGGUAUAACAUUUAUACCACUGGGAAAGAAUGUGUCAUAAUGCAGGAUGUCAGAGGUUAAAAGGUCAAUGUUAGGGUUGUGUAAUUUUUUGUUUUAACAUUUAUACCACUGGGGCAGAAUGUUUGUCAUAAUGAAAGAUAUCAAAGGUUUAAAGGUCACUGAAAUUUUGUAGUCACUUAAAAGAUAUUCAGGUCUACUUAGAAUAACUUGAGAAGCAUAUUUAUAAUGGACAUUCAAAAGAAGACAUAUUAAUGGUCUUUAUACAAAGGUGCAUUUUAUGAAAAAAUUCCUGCGGGAUUAUUUGGGAGUGAUCCUUCUAUUCUUUUUUAGCCUGAAAAUCAGGUCAGUUGGAAUUCAAAAUAAGGGAGGUAGCUUUAUAAUUUUUUUUUAGGGGGGGGGGGGGGGGAUUCUUCAUGCAAGCCAAUUAGAAUUUGUUGUUUUAUUGAACUCUUAAGGAUGUUUACUACUUUUUAAAAGCCUGUUAUAAAUUGAUGAUAUAUAAAUAA